CCCUCAACCUCUACCGGCCAGCGCUUCAGCCACAAGCAAACUGACUGACUGAUAGAAACAAAUACAGUUUGAAAAACGAACAAAGAGCUGACAAGCAACGUGUCUCCAUUAAUAGACGAGAGAAAGAAACGCACAACAGAUGUCCUGAUUGGCUCAAACCUUCAGACAGACGGGCAGUUGUAUUGUGGAACACGUCAACACAGAGAAAUCAAAUGGCUGACAAGCAGAUCAGUUUGCCUGCCAAGUUGAUAAACGGUGGGAUAGCAGGGCUGAUUGGUGUGAGCUGUGUGUUUCCCAUUGACUUGGCCAAGACCCGCCUGCAGAACCAGCAAAAUGGAUCACGCCUCUACACCAGCAUGUCUGACUGUCUUAUCAAGACCAUCCGCUCAGAGGGAUACUUCGGGAUGUACAGAGGGUCUGCGGUGAACCUAACCCUGGUCACGCCAGAGAAAGCCAUCAAGCUAGCAGCAAAUGACUUCUUCAGACAAUACCUCUCCAAGGAUGGUCAGAAGCUCACCCUGGUCAAGGAGAUGCUGGCGGGGUGUGGGGCAGGUACAUGUCAG